AUGUCAGCGUCGGACGCACAGGACGCUGUUAAGACCAGCGACGGUUCAGUGCACGUUAUCGAUAUCGAGAACAGCCCUGAACCUUCCAUCGACUUUGCUGGUGAGACUCCAGCUUUAAGAAUUCAAAUAGAGAACGCUUUCGGCGAGCGAGUUAUGAACGGGAACGUAACAAUGAGCCCGCCGGCGCCGGAGCACGCCGCCAACAUUUACGCGGACACCGCAGUGGAUAGGGACGUGCACAUUGUUGACAUAGAUAUUAUUAUCGAUAGAAACGACUCGGAGACUAUCGAGAAAAGUGAUAACAGCACUACCAUCAAUUUCAACACGGUAUUAGACAUCGAGAACGGCAAAAUGAAUGGUAAUAUUUAUAUUGAA